GCGUAGUAAAACACCUGUCAAAACCCUAAUCGAUUUCCCUUUCCUCCUCAUAAAUCGCCAUCCAUUUUCGAUUUCGUUCUUUUCGCAGCCGGGCGUUCUUGUAAAGUGGACGUGUAAUCGGUUUUCUCAAGUACGAAAUUUAUUUAUAAACAAAAAAUAAAAUAAUGGCUAGUCAAGAAACUUCGAUGGAAAACGGCGAAGAUUUUUCGCAAGACGUUACCGUCUCGAACGAACAGCAACAACAGCAGCAAAAUCAAGAAAAUGGUCACAAUAAUGGAGGCGACGAUUCACAGCCCGCCGAUAGCGGGGCCGCCGAAAAACCAGGAAAAGAUGACGACCGAAAAUUAUUUGUUGGUGGCUUAAGUUGGGAGACGACAGAUAGAGAACUCCGCGACUAUUUCGGCAAAUACGGCGAAAUCGAAAGCAUAAAUGUAAAGACAGACUCGAUGACUGGCAGGUCCAGGGGCUUCGCCUUCAUCGUCUUCCAAGACGCCGAAUCCAUUGACCGCGUAACCGACGCCGGCGAACACACAAUCAGCGGCAAGAAAGUCGAUCCCAAAAAGGCGAAAGCGCGACACGGAAAAAUAUUUGUCGGCGGAUUAUCGGCAGAAUUGAGCGACGAUGACAUUAAAGAAUAUUUUGGACAAUUUGGAACUAUCAUUGAGUUGGAAAUGCCCUUUGACAAGCAAAAGAACCAAAGGAAAGGUUUCUGUUUCCUGACAUUCGAGUCUGAGCAAGUUGUACAAGAGAUUUUGAAAAAACCCAAACAAACCAUCAAAGAUAAAGAGGUUGAUGUUAAAAAAGCCACACCAAAACCCGACCAAAUGAUGCUUGGUAGAGGUGGUAGAGGUACCAGAGGUGGACUUAGAGGUCGUGGAGGUCGUGGUGGUUUUGGACAAAGUUGGGGCCCUGGCUACGGCGGCUACAACUACAACCAAGGUUACGGCUACGACAACUACGGCCAGGGAAGCUACGACUACUACGGCGGCGGCGGUUAUGGCAACUACAACAACUAUGAUUAUUCCGGAUACAGCGGAAACUACGACCAGGGAUAUGGUUAUGAAGGAGGAUACGGUGGCGGCAGGAAUAACUCUCGAGGUGGAAAAGGUGGUUCCGGAGGCGGCGGUGCCAACUUCCAGGGCGGUAAAGCGAGAGGCGCUACCAGAACGAAUACCCAGAGGCAUCAACCUUAUUAAAAAAAAAAAACGUUUUCAAAUAUUAGGAUUAUAGGGUUACACACUUGGGCGUUUCUCAAUUUAUCGAGGUCAAAAGAAAUAUAGUCAUUUUGUUUCCUUGAAGUCAUUCCACAAUUUGUUUAUUAUGGAAGAACUGUACAAAAAAUCUGAUGAUUUUUCUUUUUUGUAAUUAUUUAGAGACUGCGAUUCUUUUUUAAUUUAGUUUUGAUAUUACAAGUAAUACCAAAAAAAAUUGUCGCCACUAGUAAUUUUACAAUAAUUGCCUGUCGGGCAAAAAAAGGAAUUCAAAUGGGCAAAAGAUAGUAAUUUAUUGAAUAAAAGAAAAAUAUUGGUGAUUUUUAAAUAAUUAGGAAAUUAACGGUUAUAAGUAAUAUGUAUGUCAAGUUUUUUUUUUGUAUUAUGUUAACUUUUAUUAUGAUUUAACUUUAUUAGUAAUUAUCGUACUCCCUAGAGGUAAGUUAUUGUAAGAAUGUGUAUUUCUGUUGCAUGAUUAUGACAAUGCAAAUUUCAUUUGAAUAAAAGUAUGUGAUUACGAGA